AUGCAAGCAGAAACGUCGGUAGAAGACUUUGGAACUACGCCUCUAGCUGGGACCGCAAAUGGAGCGGCGAAUGGAGGCGUGAAGCUGGAAAACUCGCCCACAAUUGAGGAAACACACGCGCUUGCAGACGGAUCAGACGGCAAAGCCACGGCCGAAUUGGAGGACGAAGUUGCAUCGGAACAGGAAUCCAAUUUGCAACACAAGGGCCAGCAGCUGCCUAAACAAACGGGGAUCAAGGUUUUGCAUCACAGGGUCAGCGGAUACGUCGGGUUUGCGAAUUUGCCCAAACAAUGGCAUAGAAAAUCGAUCAGACGCGGGUUCAGUCUGAACUUGCUGUGUGUGGGCCAAAAGGGACUGGGAAAAUCAACCCUAAUCAAUACCCUCUUCAACAAGCCCCUUUACGACCUGUCAGCAGCUGCUACGGCAGAUCUGGCUGCUUUGAAGCUCGGAAACGCAGGCGACAAUUUGGCCGGCGGAGAUACCGAUUCUGACCAGCAGCAACUGGAUACGCAACAUGAUGAAUCAGGCAAGGGUCGUGAAACUACCGGGCCAGAGGUCAAGAUUGAGACCCACACGACCAAAAUCGAGGAAAAUGGUGUCACAUUGACACUCAACGUGAUCGACGCACCCGGUUUUGGUGACGCGAUCAACAAUACAGAUGCGUGGGUACCAAUUGUGCGUGAGAUUGAUAACCGCUUCGACCAGUAUUUGGAUGCUGAAAACAGAGUCGACCGUAACUCUAUCGAAGACAAUCGUGUUCACGCGUGUCUGUAUUUCAUAGAGCCUACAAAUCAUUCUCUCAAGGCUCUUGAUCUCGAGUUCUGCAAAGCUGUUCACCAGAAAUGUAACCUCAUUCCAGUCAUCGCCAAAUCGGACAUUUUAACAGAUGAAGAGAUUGAAGAAUUCAAAGCAACCAUCCGUGGCCAGCUUGAAGACGAGGGAAUCGAAUUGUUUGAGCCACCACAAUACUUGCUAGACGAUAAAGAGACUGCCGCACGCUCAUUGCAGCUCCAUUCCCAGAUGCCAUACGCCAUCGUCGGUUCGACAACUGAAGUUUCCACUGCUGACGGCAGGAAAGUGAGGGGCCGUGCCUACCCAUGGGGUGUCAUUGAAGUCGAUAAUGCUGCGCAUUCCGACUUUGUACAUCUGCGCGAUCUACUAGUCAAAGUGUAUCUGAUGGAACUGCGUCAAAAAACAGAAAAUGUGCUCUACGAGAGAUACCGGUCUGAAAAAUUGAGUUUUUUGAACAUCAAGCAAGACAACUCUGUCUUCAAGGAAUACGACCCCGAGCUCAAGCAGAAAGAAGAGAAGCAGCUACAUGAAGCCAAGCUAGCAAAACUUGAGGCUGAAAUGAAGGCGGUGUUUCAACAGAAAGUCAAUGAAAAGGAGAAAAAGCUGCAAAAGUCUGAGGCUGAACUCUUCAACAGACACAAGGAGAUGAAGGACAAGCUCACCAAGCAGCUCAAGGCAUUAGAGGACAAGAAACAUCAGUUGGAGAUGUCCCUAGCUAAUCAGUCUGCCAACUCUCCAGUACAAACCAAGAAGAAAGGAUUUCUUCGUUGA